UCGUCUCAGAUCAUUAAACAGGAAGACGGCAUUCUUUUCCGCCAUCAACAACUGUUUUACCGACUAUGAUUACGGUUGAAGAAUCCUUUGCGGUAGCGUGCAAUCAGCAAUUUGAUGACGAACCGCUCUCGAUUGACUUGGACACGAGAGACCAUCAAAUUCGGGUAAACGCGGCCUUAGUUGAGUCGUCCCAUACAGUUCUUACCCAUUUUGGGCGUAGUGUGGGGUCCUGUUGGGGAGACUUUUACUGCACCAACAAUCGUAUCCGGGGACGUUUGUACGCUACGAGCAACGCUAUUUUGUUCUAUACUAAUUUAUUAGGGUUUGAGCGGAGACUCUGUUUGUUGUUGAAAGAAGUCGAAGAUAUUCGUUUAUUUAAAACAACCAGUAUUUCGAUUCGGACGGUGGACAACGAGACCUACAUUUUCAAGUCAUUCAACAAUCGUGAACAGGUACUGCAUCUUAUCAAAGCCUUACAGAGUCUAGAGCAAAAGCAGCUUCGCCGAGAGCAUCAUUCGGAACCACCGCUACGAUCAACGUUGAAUCACCCCGAACCCCCCGAGGAAGCACUACAGCCAAGCAAUACAAAAACGGCCCCUCGAAUUCCUUCAGCGUCAGUUCUCCGACAAACAAUUUCGUCAACGCUUCCGGCCUCUUUCGGUUCUCCGCCACCACCCAUAUGCCAUUCAAAUCGUCGCCGAUCCGUAUCCGAUUCUAUUGUUCGGAUACCGGGGAUAAAUCCUUUGCAUUCGACCGAACAAGAUACACCACUCCCAAUUGGAUCGAUCGAAUGCCAAAAAAAUAAGUCGAAUGCGGAAACCUGGGAGGCCGCGAAAGCACAUCCAGGUCUCCAAGAGAAAGGAAUUGAGGCCGUCGAAGUAUCGUGCUCUUUAGAACAAUUUUACGAGUUCUUCUUGGCUGAUAACGCUGAGCAUUCGCUAGAUCGCUAUCAGCGCGAUCACGUCAAGGACAAAGAUGUGCAGUGUGCUGGGUGGGAUGCUGAUUGUGACGGAGCCUGGUCUCGCACUAUUACAUUUUCGCAUCCUGUCAAAACUACACUAGGCGUCGGGCCAUCCGCUGCGAAGACAUCGCGAAAGCAACGAAUAAGGCGCUUUCCGAAGCUCGGUAUUGUGUUGGAAAAUUGGACAAAUGUCGGGGGGGUUCCAGCUGCCGAUUCCUUCUUUGUGCAAGACCGGUGGAUAAUUGAAAGUCUCGACAGCGAACGGGUAAGGUUGUCGACUUGGUAUAAAAUUCAAUUUACGAAACGGACCGUGCUCAAAACAUUCAUUCAGAAAUCGAUUCACAAAGAGACUAAGCAGUGGCUGUCAGGAUAUGUUAAGAUGCUGAAGAACGUGUUUCAGGAAAACGAACCGACGCGCACAAUACCAGCAGCUAUGGCCUAUACAAGUAUUUCAGUUUUUGAAAGUGCAGCGAUUAAUGUGCUGAAGGAUAUCAAAUACUCGUUUCGUGUUUUGAUGCUAGUCGCCGUUUUCAUUGUUGGUUUCGGGCUUGUCGCUGUUAUAGUACAACUAGCUUCGAUGCACCGAAUCGUGUUGGAGCUGCAGGCGCAAUUAAAUCUUCUAAUACUGGAGCAAUAG